GACAGCCCUGGCGCUCCCUCAGGAGGCUGCUUCCUGCCUGGCCCCAGCCAGUAAGAGCCUCCGGAAGGCGGGGUCUGCCUGAGGUGGGUCUGGAGCUGCCGGGCUGCGGUCGCGGCCUAGAGGCACCUGGCGAGGGGCGCGGAGGAGGCGGUGGGACCUGCACCCAAAAGCUGCCGCCGGGUCUCCUCGUGCAGUGUGACCCGAAGCUUUCCUCUCCUCACAGGCCUGGGCUACUACUGCUCCAAAGGUUGCAAUCAUGAACAUCUUUAAACUCAUGAUGAAAAAGAAAGAACUUAUUCCUUUGAUCGCAUUUGUGAGUAUUGCUGGAGUUGGAGCAGCCUAUACGGGGCUGUACUCUCUUUCCAAAAGUGAUGUGAUCAUUAACAGGAAGAAAAAUCCAGAACCGUGGGAAAAUAUAAAUCCUAACAAGCCACAAAAGUUUAUCACAAUUAGCCAGAAGUGGAAGCCCGUUGAAGAACUACAGAAGGUCAGAAAGUUGACCAAGUGACAAGACUCUCCUUGCAAAGUGCACUCUAUGAAUCUAGCGGCAACAUCUCUUCACAAACUAGGCUACUGAAACCAGUGUUCAGAAGUGCUUCUGCUACAUUUUUAGGAUCUCCUUACAUUUUGGGGCUCUGAAUGAGGAAUUCCAUUUUGCCCUAGAAGUGGCAAGCUUAACAAAAUCCACUUAGUCCAAAAAUACCGUUCUCAUGUUUGGUGUCUUGUUGUAAAGUUGAAUUUUAUAUAAUAUACGAUGUUAGUUCAUUAGAAUAUUCAUGAGAAAGAAUUGUUGCAUGCAUUUGUACCUAUGUAUUCUUUCAUUAAAUUAAACUAUAAUGAUUUGUAAGGUAAAUUAUAUUCUGUAAUAAAGUGGCACUAUGUUUAGUUUCUUCCAAAGAUUAAAUAAAUAUUUAUUUCAUCAUUG